AGCUAACUCCGUGCCCGAUAUUUGCCUCUAACUCUUUUCAUACUUUCACCUCUCUACCGCAUCUUGCCUGCUGCCGGCUGUGGCAGUCUAUGCGCUGCCCCUUUACUUUUCCCUGACCGUGAAGUCUCUGAUUAAUGGCUGUAGUUACAUUUGCAACACAAGGCUUUUAUGGGAAGAAAUGAUUUAGAUGGUUGUUUUUAAGCUUGCAACAAAACACCCAGAUCCGAGAGAAGAGGUUUCACCGAUCUAUUACUAAAUUAUGUUCAUUUGAAAGAUAAUUUAUCUUACAGGGACAGAGUAUACAGCUCAGUUUACAUGUUUUUUUUUGCUUUUGCAGCUUUGGAAGGUGUUCGUUUUGAAAUGGGUAAAAUUAAAAAAAUGCUGAAUGGUGAGAGUUCAUCGAAUCCUGAUAUCAAUGAAACCAUAGUGCCAAAGCCUGAGAUGUUAGAUCCCCAGUUGCAAUCUGAUGCCAUGUACUCAAGGCAACUUGGGGACACUGUUGCAAGUUCAUCUGGAAGCAAUUUAAGAUCAUUUUUUACUGGGAUGGGAUUCUCACCUUCGCUUGUUGGCAAAGUAAUUGAAGAAAAUGGUGAAGAUAAUGUUGACUUGUUAUUGAAGAUUCUAAUGGAAUGUUCUUCGAGAUCUCAGCCAUCAGAUUCUCCGGGUAGCUUGUUUGAUGACAAGGACGCAAGCAGUCCUAAGUAUUUCACGUUUGUUCAACCAAAAGAGGAGCCAGAUGUUUUUGGAGUUGAUGAUGACAAAAGGGCAUCCUUGCUAAGGAUGAAUUUCUCCGUUGAAGAAGUUGAUUUUGCAAUGGAAAAGCUCAAUGUGGAUGCUUCAAUUGAUGAAAUAGUAGACUUCAUUAUUGCUACCCAGGUAGCUGCAGAUUUUAAUGAGGAAACAAAUGACAAGCUUGACAAUGAUGCAGAAAUAAAUGAGGAUUUUAGUAAUGAAAUUUUGUUUGGGACCAUGGAGAAAACACUUCGUUUGCUUGAAAUGGGUUUCUCUGAGAAUGAGAUUUCAUUGGCAAUUGAGAGAUUUGGUGCAGAAGUUCCAGUAUUAGAGCUAGCUAACUCAAUUUGUGCAGAACAAGUUGGUGAGAAGUACAUCAUAGAAGAUAAGUAUUCCUUAAAACGAUCCAGAAUGAAUUGUUCACGCACUGCAAGUUAUUGGGAAACUUUUAGUGUGGGAAUGGAAAGUAAUAAACUGAAAACUGAGGAUUUUGACCGAGAUGCUGUUGCACAGUCGAGCAAUCUAAAUCUAAAUAUGGAGGAAGUUCGCAGAGGAAAAAGGCCAAAGCAAGAGCAUAUUGAAGACUAUCCUGACACUCAGUUGGGCCAUAUUGGCUUUGUGGACAAUUAUCCAAAACCAGAAUUCGCUGAUGAAUCGAGCUCCUAUUUUAAACCUACAUGGGUGGAAGAGAAAGUUAAUGCAGAAAUUGCGGGAUUCAGAAUUCCCAGGGCCCCAAAAUCUAAUUCAUGCAAGAGUGUUGAUCGCAUGGUAGCUAAACCUCCAUAUUUUUUCUAUGGAAAUGUUGCAACUGCAUCUUUUGACACGUGGAGCAAAAUAUCUCGGUUUCUAUAUGCCAUUGAGCCUGAAUUUGUAGAUACUCGGUUCUUCUCUGCAUUGAGUAGGAAAGAAGGCUAUGUGCACAAUCUUCCAACCGAAAGAAGGUUUCAUAUCCUUCCAAAGCCACCAAUGUCCAUAGAAGAUGCAAUCCCACAUACAAAGAAAUGGUGGCCAUCAUGGGAUAUGAGGAAGCAAUUGAGCUGCGUCAAUUUUGAAACUAAUGGAGUAUCUCAGCUUUGUGAUAGGCUUGGAAGAAUACUUGCUGAUUCCAGAGGUUUCGUUCCAUCAGAAAGAAAUAAAAGAGACAUUCUUCAUCAUUGCCAGAAAUUAAAUCUUGUAUGGGUAGGUCCGUACAAAUUGGGGCCCAUAGAGCCGGAAUAUUUGGAAAUCAUCCUAGGCUAUCCAUCGAAUCACACUCAAGCUGCUGAGAGUAACUUAAUUGAAAGGCUUCAUUCUCUCAGAUAUAGCUUCCAGAUAGACACUUUGGGGUAUCAUCUCUCUGUAUUAAAGUCUAUGUUCCCAGAUGGAAUAACAAUGUUGUCAGUUUUUAGCGGAAUAGGUGGGGCAGAAGUUGCUAUACACCGGCUUGGAAUCCAUAUGAAGGGUGUUGUCUCAGUAGAAACUAGUGAAACAAAGCGGGAGAUGCUAAGAAGGUGGUGGCACAGUAGUGGACAAACCGGAGAAUUAGAGCAAAUAGAAGGCAUUCAAAAGUUAACGAGUAACAGGAUUGAUAGACUUAUUGACAAGUUUGGUGGACUUGACUUCAUCAUCUGUCAGAGCCCAUGCAAUAGCUCUUCAAGAAGUCCUAAAAUGGACCCAGAAGGCGAUGCACCAUCAGAUUUUGACUUCUCAUUGUUUUGUGAGUUUGUUCGUGUUUUGCAGCGUGUAAGGAGUCUAAUAGAAAGGAAGAGUACCAGUUUGUGGAUUGCCAGCAACAGAAAAAAUGGUUGUGGAAGACAGAAUGGCCGGCUGUUACAGGGAGGAAAUUCGUUGUUGAUAUAAGCUAGAAAAUUGGUUGUUGCUGGUGAGGAAAGCUGACAAAGCUAUUCGGAGGAUCAGAAGCAACACCAAGGAUUGCCUUCAGGCACGGAGUAAGGGGUGGGUCAUCAG